AUGGAUAGUGCCGCUGUGUACAUGUGCUUCCCCUGCUACCAAGAGUUUGACACCCUGGAGGAGGUGCUGGCCCACCAGCUGACCUGCACCACAGAGAACAUGGGGAGUGGGGCCCCCACCCCCGUCUCCAUCCCCUUCCUACAGACUCAGCAACAGGUGUAUACCGAGCCCAUUGCUCCAUCGCCUGCCCCUCAGACCAAGGCCAGUUUCUCGUCUGUGCUGUUCAGCUCUGGUGCACCAGGUCUGGCCAUGGCUAGCCCAAAUAAGCCCUCAGGAGACACGCCCAAGAUCCUGUACCAGUGUGGCGACUGUGACGCCCUGUUCCACUCCCUGAUCCUCUGGCAGCAGCACCGCAAACAUGGCCAGUGUCUUCAGACCAAGGCAGGACCCACCCAACCAGGACCAGAAGAGACUGGAUCUGGAUCAGAACUGGCCCCAGAGGGAGGGGGGAAGCACGGUCAGGCUGAAGUGGAAGUGGAGGUGGACCUGGGACCCCCAGACCGCGCUCCCUCCCAGGACCCCCAGACCCUGCUCCCUCCCAGGACCCCCAGACCCUGCUCCCUCCCAGGACCCCCAGACCCUUCUCUCUCCCAGGACCCCCCAGACCCUGCUCCCUCCCAGGACCUCCCAGCCGAUAACCCUGGGGAGGAGCAGACGUCCUACUACUACAGGAUGAAGGCAGCCAAGAAGCUCAAGCCCCCGUCCAGCCUGCUGUGUGUGGACUGUGGCUCCAGCUUCGGCAUGGUGUCUGAGCUGGUCACCCACCGUAAGGCCCAGCAUGGCCUCAAGGAAGCCCUGCACCACUGCACCGUGUGUGGGGAGAGCUUCCUCAACACCACCCUCUUCCUCUACCACCGCAAACAGCACAAGGAGAAAGGCAAGGAGGGGGUCACACAAACCCAGGCCCAGGGAGGACAGAUGCAGGAUGCAGAUUACCAGUAUUACAAAAUACUAACACUGCAGCAAGAGGUGGUGGAAGAGAUGGUGGAAGAGUCUAAAGAGGAGACAGUGGGGGUGGCGGAUUCCCAGAACAAUGGAACUGAGAAGCAGAACUGGGAUGGAACCCCCUCUAUUUCCACUGUCUCUACCUCUGCUCUGGUUAAGGUGGUCCAGGUCCAGAGUUUCCUGUGUGCCCAGUGUGGAGCCAGCUUCACUAAAGAGCCAGAGCUCAGUGCCCACCGUAGGGACAAGCACGGCCUGAACGAGCCCCUCCACCACUGUUCCCAGUGUGGCCAGAGCUUCAUGAACACCACCCAGUACCUUUACCACCGACGCCAGCACCGUGGGGAACCAGGGACUGGCGCAGGAGCAGCCACACCCCCCCAGGGAAGCCCCCGCGCCCCCAAGAGGAUGCUGUCCCCACCUGCCGCCUCGUCCAGUGCUGCGUCAGGCUCACCGGCGAAAAUACCUGCUAUCAGGAUACGUAGCAUCAACGAUCUCAAUGAGAACAAAGACCAGGGCAAAGAGGUGAAUCCAGUCAUCCUUAAGGAAGAGCAGGAGGAGAAUAUUGUAGUGGGGGAACAACCGGACACCAACCUCCCUCCUCCAGCCAAACUGAUGCAGGACUGGUCCCGCACCCCUCUCCCCCACGUCUGCCCCCACUGUGGCCAGACCUUCACACGCAGGGGGUUCCUCCGCGCUCACGUCUUCAGCCACACCGGAGAGAAGCUCUUCACCUGCAAGGUGUGUCAGAAGUCGUUUGCGUCCUCUCCCAACCUGCUGCGCCACAGCCUGACCCACAUGGGCACCAAACCUUUCCCCUGCUCCUUGUGUGGCAAGCGCUUCUCCCAGCCGGGUGUCCUGAAGAGGCACGGCCUCACCCACAGCCAGCCCAAAUCCCGCCGUCGCAGGUCCCGAUGGAAGAAGAGGACACCAGAGGGGGAGGAUGGAGAAAGCCAGCUGUUCGCCUGUCCCAACUGCACUGCUCGCUUCCAGACUGACCAACAGCUGCAGGAGCACAGACUGCUCCACACCAGCCACCCGUUCCCCUGCUCUGUCUGUGGAGAGGCCUUCAAACGCAGGAAGGAGCUGGACCUGCACUCCCUCAUUCACCAAGAUAAGGAGCCAGUGUUGUGCCCCCACUGUUCCUCCCAGUUCUUGAACCAGUCAGUGUUGGACAUCCAUCUGCAGCGCUGUACCAGCUCAGAGGAGGACAAGACUGUGGGCCGUGGCCGGGGACAGGGACGGGGACGCUCCAUGGGACAGGUGGAGUGUGAUAUGUGUGGUCAUUGCUGUAUGACCCAGGAGGGUCUGGACCUCCAUCGACUGUCCCAUACGGGUCAGACCCCCCUGCGCUGCCCCCUGUCCCCCUGCAGACGGCGCUUCGCCUCCAGCUCUGCCCUCGGGGAGCACAUUGUGGCCCACUGCCAGGGGACUCUGGGGAAGGGCCGCGGCUCCAAGAGGUUCCACUGCCAGAUCUGUGGGAAGGACUUUGCCUACACCUCCACCUUCAACGUCCACAUGAGAAUCCACACCGAUGAGAGGCCCUUCGAGUGUUCUACGUGUGGGAAGCGUUUCCGCCAGCUGCCCCACCUCAAGGACCAUGAGCGUAUCCACAGUGGCCUGCGGCCCUUCUGCUGCUGGGUGUGUGGUAAAGCCUUCAGUGUGGCCGGCCGUCUUACUGAGCACGCCCGCAUCCACAGUGGAGAGACGCCCUACACCUGCCACCGCUGCCCCUCAGCCUUCCGCUCACGCUCCAACCUCGACAAACACAUCCGUCUCCACGACGACGGAACGGGUGAAACCACGGCCAACGACGUAGAGGCGGAAGGGGCGAGGGUGCUCUUGUCUACAGGGACGGGAUUGGGUGGCGAGGGGGAGUCGGCGGUGCAGACCAUUCUGCUGGUCCAGGCAGAUGGAACCACAGAGGGGGUGAUGGUGCCGGCCGUGCCCGUUGCAGAGCACUCCUCUGGGGCUAUGUUCUCUGGGCAGACUGGGUCCUCCCAGGUGGUGUUCUUGGGUGGUCAGGCCAUCUCUGUCCCCUCCCUGUCAGCCAUCAUGGAGGGACAUGAGAUCCCCUCGGUCACUGUGGUAGAUCGACAGGACGUACCACACACCAUAGAGUUCAUCCUAGAGGAGACCAUCUCAUAGAGGGGACUGUAGAGGAGGAAGAGGGUAGAAAGGAGAGGGUUUGUGAUAUAAUGUAUUAGAGACUGAGACAGAGUUAGACUGAAAGAUGGUAGGAUUUUCAGUUAGUCAAGGUGAAAUAAAUAAAAUAAAAAAUAGUGUUGAGUUAAAUCAAGAUGUAUAGUUUUUGCUGUUUCCUCAGUGCCGGGGCUAUUCUUGUUAAAUGGACCGAAAUAUUGUUUCAUUUACUUGAAUGAUCUACAUAUGAAUUGAUUUUGACAGAGUUUAGUGAAGGAUCGGAUGUGUCGCCCUUAAGCUUUGAGAGGUGCUUCUUAGUUUGGAAGAGCAGAAUGUUGAAAUCGUACAGCGAAGCCAGUGAAGCAAGCAGCAGUUGUAUGGUAAAGCAUUUAUCCUGUUUACAAUGAGAAAUUGAAAGAAAAGCUGAUUGUAAAAGUAUUCCCAGAGUGUGUAACGUCAAUAUUAUUUAGAGUGAGUUUUAUCAGGGUUGGACUUGAGUCGCCCAUGUCCUCUGUUUUCUUUUUAAUAAAAGGCUUCAGCUUUCA